UUCAAGAAAGCAUCAGCCUACUAUUAGAGUGCCUGAUAUUCUGGAAAUUUUAUAUUGUGAAGUAGGCUACGGUAUAUUAUAUUUAGGAUAUCAUUCAUCUAUAUAUGCUAGGACAUAAUAUACAGGACAUAUACUAGGACAUAUAUAUCUGGACAUGCUAGGUAUGUGGAAAAGUCAGGCUACCAAAUUGUUUGUGAUUUCCAUCCUUCUACUGGAUUUACCACAAAUCAAUAGCAGUGGAAGAAGUGAUAAAUACAAUGAAGAAGAUUCUGCGGAGACACCACCACUCCCCAAUGAUGUAAGGGGAAAGAAAAAAAUUCUUGGUAUCUUCAGGAAAGGUAGUAACAAACAAAAAGAACCCUUCGUUAUGGAGCGAACUGAUGAACUAAUCAGGAAAGCCGGGUAUGAGGCGGAAUCCUAUCUUGUUGACGUGCCAAUCGGUCGAGAUAUAAUUGUGAAGGAGAGGGAGGGUCAAAAAUUUUGGUCGAAGAAAAAGAAAGAAUAUACUAUGACGAUGUUUAAAAUAGAAAUAUUUCGAAUCAUACACCCUGGAAGAGGCAGACUGAGGAAUUUGCCAGUUGUGUUGUUGAUGCAUGGAGCCACAGGAAGCUCUUCAGACUAUGUGUUUGCUGGCAAAGAUGAUAGUCUAG